AAAUGGUUUACCACUGGGUUAAAAAAAAAAGGAGUUAUAGGCAUAACCACUCCUUGAUCCCCUCCAUGGCUUCAGAGUCAUGCUCCUUGAUGUGGUUCCGGAAAGGCCUGCGUAUUCACGACAACCCGGCUCUCCUCCACGCAGCCGAAGGCGCGACCAAAUGCUUCCCAGUAUUUGUGAUUGACCCGCAUUAUAUGGAGCCAGAUCCGACCGCUUUCUCGUACGGGUCCUCUAGGGCCGGGUUGAAUAGGAUCCGUUUCUUGUUAGAGAGCCUCACUGAUCUUGACUCGAGCCUUAAGAAGCUAGGCUCGCGUCUGUUAAUCCUCAGAGGAGAGCCCAGCGAAGUCUUGAUUCGCUGUUUGAGGGAGUGGAAAAUAAACAAGCUAUGCUAUGAGUAUGACAUAGAACCUUAUUACCGAGCAUUAGAUGAUAAAGUACAGAACAGCGUCCAUGCAGCUGGAAUAGAGAUUUUCACUCCUGUGAGUCAUACACUAUUUAACCCUGCAGACAUUUUGCGCAAGAAUGGGGGAAGGCCACCUCUUAGUUACCAAUCGUUUCUUAAACUGUCGGGAACACCUUCAUGGGAAUCAACCCCUCUGUCAACAUUAUCAGUGUCCUCGCUUCCUCCGAUUGGAAAGUUGGGGAACCUUGAAGUUUCAGCUGUACCAACGCUCGAAGAACUUGGCUAUAUUGACAGCAGCGAGGAUGAGAGGACACCAUUUAGAGGCGGUGAAUCAGAAGCAUUAAGGAGGUUGAGAGAGUCAAUUGCUAACAAGGAAUGGGUGGCUGAUUUUGAGAAACCCAAGGGCAACCCAUCUGCGUUUUUAAGGCCUGCCACAACUGUUUUAUCUCCCUACUUAAAAUUUGGCUGUCUCUCUUGUAGAUAUUUCUAUCAAUCCAUUCAGGAAGUUCUAAGAACUGUUAAAAGGCACACAUCUCCACCUGUUUCCCUUCUUGGACAGCUGCUUUGGAGAGAUUUUUUCUACACAGUCGCUUUUGGAACUCCUAGUUUUGAUCGCAUGAGGGGCAAUAAAAUAUGCAAACAGAUACCUUGGAAUGACAAUGAUGAACUGCUAGUUGCUUGGAGAGAUGCUAGAACAGGAUUUCCUUGGAUUGAUGCCAUAAUGGUUCAGCUGAGGAAGUGGGGUUGGAUGCAUCAUCUGGCACGGCAUUCUGUAGCAUGCUUUCUCACUCGCGGAGAUCUGUUCAUCCAUUGGGAAAAAGGACGUGAUAUUUUUGAGAGAUUACUAAUUGACUCUGAUUGGGCAAUCAACAAUGGGAAUUGGCUGUGGCUCUCUUGCUCUUCAUUUUCAUACCAGUAUCACCGCAUUUAUUCUCCCGUUUCAUUUGGGAAGAAAUAUGAUCCCAACGGAGAGUACAUAAGGCAUUUUCUCCCUGUAUUAAAAGACAUGCCCAAGGAGUAUAUUUAUGAGCCAUGGACUGCUCCUCUCUCUGUACAACAAAAAGUGAAAUGUGUUAUUGGAAUAGAUUAUCCAAAGCCAGUGGUUUCACACGGUUCAGCUAGCAAAGAAUGCUGUCAGAGACUUAGUGAAGCUUAUGAAAUGAACAAAAAGUUAAAUGGCACGGUGAGGGAUGAAGAUUUAAAUGACCUAAAAAGAAAACUUGAAGCUGGAUAUAAGAAGGCCCUGGAUCGUACAACCAAGAGGCAAAAAUGGUUAUUCAAUGGUUAACCUGCCCAUUUGCCGUUAGUUGAACAUAUGUUAACCCUGCUUAAUCUGAUGUUUUGGGAUGAUAAAAUGGGAUGAUAAAACUUGCAUUCUAAAGACAUUCUUAUUUGACACCUCCAUUAUAUAAUGAAAAGUUGAACUUAUGAUCAAUCGUAGAAUGGAGUAUUGUUAUAUAGGAACGACUUAGAAAUUAGAAUGUCCAAGUCUAAUGUUGAUCUUGCAUUACAUUUUAGAGAUCAGUGGACCACUUCACAAGUUCGUGUAAACUUGUCUCAUUUAAAAUAUAUUUAUUCGUACAUUGCAAGUUUCAUUUAAGUUUUGUUUGUGAUAUAAAUUUAAGGGAAAAUUCCCGAAAUCAG